UGGUAGUGGGUACAGGCUGUGAAAGCAUGGCAGCUGCUGAGACAGAGGUGGUGUCAUCUCUGAUUGCAGCCCCAGCCUCAGACGCUGCAGGAACAGCCGCGAACCCUGCAGCCGUAGCUGCAGCUGCAGUGGUAGUGUCCGGGACCAAAUCGCAAGCUCAGGUCUCCAAAGCCGCCCUGGCUGCUAAGCUGAUGUCGCUCAACGGCGUGUUCGCCGUGCACAAGCCCAAAGGGCCCACUUCAGCCGAGUUGCUGAAUCGGCUGAAGGAGAAGCUGCUGGCAGAAGCUGGAAUGCCAACUCCAGAAUGGAACAAGAGGCAAAAGCAGACACUGAAAAUUGGACAUGGAGGGACACUGGACAGUGCUGCUCAAGGUGUUCUGGUGGUUGGAAUUGGAAGAGGAACAAAAAUGUUGUCCAGUAUGUUGUCCGGGUCCAAGAGGUAUAUUGCCAUUGGAGAGCUGGGAAAAGCCACCGACACUCUAGAUGCUACCGGGAAGGUAACAGAUGAGAAGCCGUACGAUAAGAUAACACACGAAGAUAUUGAAGGCGUUCUGCAGAAGUUUACUGGGAAUAUAAUGCAAGUACCCCCACUCUAUUCUGCACUGAAGAAGGAUGGGCAAAGGCUUUCAACGUUAAUGAAGAGAGGUGAAGCCGUCGAGGCCAGACCUGCCAGGCUGGUGACUGUGUACAGCAUCUCCCUCCAGAGAUUCCAGCCACCGCUUUUCACUUUAGAUGUUGAAUGCGGAGGAGGCUUUUACAUCAGAAGCUUGGUCAGUGACAUUGGCAGAGAACUCUCUUCCUGUGCCAACGUGCUGGAGCUGACCCGCACCAAACAGGGGCCAUUUACACUUGAAGAGCAUGCCCUCCCUGAAGACAGGUGGACCAUCGAUGACAUCACACGGUCCCUGGAGCACUGCUCAUCUCUUCUGCCAGAUGAGCUGUCAUUUAAAAAAUCACGAUCUGAGCAAUCCAGUGACCAGGCUCUAAGCUAUGAAUAUAUAACUCUAAGCGAGGCAAAGAGAGAAGAGGAUGCAACCAAGACACUUUGAGACCGGCCGGGGAGGGUCAUUUCCUGGUUCGUGUGUGUACCCGGCCCAGGAGUGGUCAUUCUUUGCAAGACGUCUUAAUGUCGCUGAAUGACGAAUAUGAUUGGAUUCAGAUAAAUCAGCUUCCUGAAUUUGA